AUGAAAAAACUUGCAAUACUAUGGCUACUCAUGUUCGGAGCAAAUAAUUCGAUUUGCUCUGAUAAUGAGCUUAGUAAUGGCAGUAUUAAGCAGAACGAGGAUGCUGGUGCCAAGGCAAAGUUUAAAGAGUAUAAUGUUCAGGUUUAUACAAAAGAUGGGUCAAAUAACAAAAAAGCAAUCGAUGAAACCAAAUAUGAAGUUAAGCCAUACCAAUACGGGUUCUAUGUUGAGUUCAAGGAUGAAGCUAAGUGUGUAGAGCUUGAGGUCAAGGGCACUACCUUGUGGAAUAAAGGUUCAUGUGCCGAUGAAGUCAAGACUAUAUACUUUGACGAAACACUUAGUAUAGCAAUAAUCGUAUUGGAAAAUGGAAAGCUUAUUGGAUAUGGAUUGAGUGAUACAGAGUCUUCUCUUAUUGCGGAAAAAGAUCCGGUCUUAUCAGAAACUUAUUUGGAAAUUAUUCUGAACGGUGGAUCAAACCAGAAAGCCACCGAGAAUCAUUAUAAAAAGGUCGAUUAUGGAUACGGAACCGACUACAUACUUAAACACGACGUCAAUUGUGUGGAAGUUAAACAUAAAAAUAAUUCUCUCUGGAAAAAAGGGGAUCAGAAAGUGAAUGAGUAUCCAAUUAAAAUUACAAUUAAUUCGUUUAAUGGAUUUAUCUUUAUUAUUUUUAAGACAUUGUAUUUAUCUUACAAGUUUGAUUAUGGUUGGACUUUUGUUACGAAAUCUGAUUUUGAGCCUCUCGAAUAUUCCAAAUUUAAAUUUGUUACAGUGGAUUCCAAUGGCGGCAAUAGUUCAGAAAAGGACGACAGAUUUACGAAAACCGGGAAUGAUGAUCUUACCUUAAAAACAAAUGAUGGAUUCAAGUUUGAGGAAAUAAAAUACGAUGACAAUAGUGUGUGGAAGCAUGCUGAAGACACUUCCUCAAAAAAUCGUCCUGAUAAAAUAGUUUUAAAACUAAAAUCUAGAUGCGUCUGGGUUUACUUUAGUUUUAUAGACUUUUGGGUCUACAAAUACAUAAAUAAAGACUGGAAAUUAGUAUGGAGUAUUGAAAAAGGGCAGCAGUAA